CUCGGGGUCCUCGGCUCUGUUUGUGUGGACCGCCCGGCCGGAGCCCUCCCGGGUCUCGUCCGUAACCGGGCCCUGUUUAUCUAUCUGCUCUUUGUAUCCGGACUGGGAAAGGAGACUCCUUUUGCCCCAUCUGAAGUCCAUAUGGCUUUGUAUGAUGAAGAUCUCCUGAAAAACCCUUUCUAUCUGGCUCUUCAGAAGUGGCGUCCGGACUUAUGCAGCAAGGUGGCUCAAAUCCAUGGCAUUGUCUUAGUGCCCUGCAGAGGAAGCCUGUCCAGCAAUGUGCAGUCUACUUGCCAGUUUGAGUCCUAUAUUUUGAUACCAGUGGAAGAACAUUUUCAGACCCUGAAUGGAAAGGAUGUCUUUAUACAGGGAAACAGGAUUAAGUUAGGAGCUGGUUUCGCCUGUCUGCUCUCAGUGCCUAUCCUCUUUGAAGAAACUUUCUACAAUGAAAAAGAAGAAAGCUUCAGCAUACUGUGCAUAGCCCACCCUCUGGAGAAGAGAGAGAGUUCAGAAGAACCUUCCACACCCUCAGAUCCCUUUUCCCUGAAAACCAUUGAAGAUGUGAGAGAGUUUUUGGGAAGACAUGCAGAGAGAUUUGACAGGAACAUCGCCUCUUUCCAGCGAACGUUCAGGGAAUGUGAAAGAAAGAGCCUCCGUCAGCACAUAGACUCGGUGAACGCCCUUUACACCAAAUGCCUGCAGCAGCUCCUGAGGGACUCUCACCUGAAAAUGCUUGCCAAGCAGGAGGCCCAGAUGAACCUGAUGAAGCAGGCUGUAGAGAUGUACGUCCAUCACGAUAUUUACGAUCUGGUCUUUAAGUAUGUGGGGACCAUGGAGGCGAGUGAGGAUGCCGCCUUUAACAAAAUCACAAGAAGCCUUCAAGAUCUUCAGCAGAAAGAUAUUGGCGUGAAACCUGAGUUCAGCUUCAACAUACCUCGUGCCAAGAGAGAACUGGCUCAGCUGAAUAAGUGCACGUCUCCCCAGCAGAAGCUGGUUUGCGUGUGGAAGGUCGUGCAGCUCAUCACACAGUCUCCCAGCCAGAGAGUUAACUUGGAGACCAUGUGUGCUGAUGAUCUGCUAUCAGUCCUGUUGUAUUUGCUUGUGAAAACAGAGAUCCCUAAUUGGAUGGCGAAUUUGAGUUAUAUCAAAAACUUCAGAUUCAGCAGCUCAGCAAAAGAUGAACUGGGAUACUGCCUGACCUCCAUCGAGGCUGCAAUCGAAUACAUUCGGCAAGGAAGCCUCUCUGUUAAACCGCCGGAGUCUGAGGGGCUGGGCGACAGACUGGUACUUAAGCAGAGGAUGAGUUUACUGUCUCAGAUGACGUCCACACCCAUCGACUGCCUUUUCAAGCACAUUGCAUCAGGCAACCAGAAGGAAGUGGAAAGACUUCUGAGCCAAGGAGAGCAAGACAGAGAUGCUGUCCAGAAGAUGUGCCACCCUCUGUGCUUCUGUGACGACUGCGAGAAGCUGGUCUCUGGGAGGUUGAAUGACCCCUCGAUUGUCACUCCAUUCUCCAGAGAUGACCGGGGUCAUACACCGCUCCAUGUGGCUGCCCUCUGUGGACAGGCAUCCCUCAUUGACCUGCUAGUCUCCAAAGGCGCGGUGGUGAACGCCACGGACUAUCACGGGUCGACACCACUCCACCUCGCGUGUCAGAAGGGUUACCAGAGCGUGACGCUGCUGCUACUGCACUACAAGGCGGGCACCCAGGUGCCAGAUAACAACGGCAACACCCCGCUGCACCUGGCCUGCACCUACGGACAUGAGGAUUGUGUGAAGGCGUUGGUCUACUAUGACGUGCAGUCGUGCCGACUAGACAUGGGUAACGAGAAAGGAGACACCCCCCUUCACAUAGCUGCACGGUGGGGGUAUCAAGGCAUCAUAGAGACGUUGCUGCAAAAUGGAGCACCCACAGACAUCCAGAACCGACUGAAAGAAACGCCCCUCAAGUGCGCGUUAAACUCAAAGAUUCUGUCUAUAAUGGAAGCCAGUCACCUGUCCAUGGAGAGGAGGCAGAAGUCCUCAGAGGUCCCUGUGCUGCCCCCUCAGCGUUCUGUGGAUUCUAUCAGUCAAGGGUCCUCCACCUCCAGCUUCUCCUCCACAUCCGCCAGCUCCAGACAAGAGGAGCCCAGAAAGGACUACAAAGAAGUAGAAAAACUUUUAAGAGCAGUAGCUGAUGGAGAUCUGGAAAUGGUGCGUUACCUGUUGGAGUGGACAGAAGAGGACCUGGAUGACAUGGAAGACUCAGUCAGUGCAACAGAUCUUGAAUUUUGUCACCCCCUGUGCCAGUGCCCGAAGUGUGCUCCAGCUCAAAAGAAGCUGGCAAAGAUUCCUGCCAGUGGGCUCAGCGUGAAUGUGACCAACCAGGAGGGCUCCUCCCCACUGCAUGUUGCUGCCCUGCAUGGUCGGGCAGACCUCAUCCCCCUCCUGUUGAAGCAUGGUGCCAGCGCAGGUGCCAGAAAUGCAGACCAAGCCAUCCCCCUGCACCUGGCCUGCCAGCGGGGCCACUUUCAGGUGGUGAAGGACCUUUUAGGUGCUAACGUGAAGCCCAAUAAGAAGGAUAGUGGAGGAAACACGCCCCUCAUCUACGCCAGUGCUGGCGGCCACCACGAAGUGGCCGCGUUGCUGCUGCAGCACGGGGCUGCCAUCAAUGUCGCUAACAACAAGGGCAACACAGCCCUGCAUGAGGCGGUGAUAGGCAGGCACGUCUUCGUGGUGGAGCUGCUUCUGCUUCACGGGGCAUCUGUCCAGGUGUUGAACAAGAGGCAGUGCACAGCCAUGGACUGUGCUGACCAGAAUUCAAAAAUAAUGGAAUUACUUCAGGUAGUGCCAAGCUGCGUGGCCACACUGGAUGACGCCAGCGAAGAGGACCCCAAGGAGUACGUUACUGUUAAGAUCAGGAAAAAGUGGAACUCAAAAAUAUAUGAUCUGCCAAAUGAACCUUUUACAAGACAGUUUUAUUUUGUCCAGUCAGUUGGUCAAUUGAAGGGAAAGACUUCAAGGGAGUUUAUGGCAAGAGAUAGAAGUGUCCCUAAUUUAACGGAAGAUUCUUUACAUGAGCCAAGGAGGCCAAGAGGCACACUGACACAGACGCCCCUGCCAGGCCAGAGCAGCUCUCAGACUACUGACCAGGGACGCGGUGACCAGCUUGAGCGGUCUGGGUGGAAGCACAGCACUCCCAGAAGCCGGCGAAUGGUGCGGAGACACACUGUUGGGGAUGCCAGUGACACGGUGGCCCAGGGCCCAGAGCGGGCUGGCGGCCUCCCUGCUCGCCAGGAGGCUGGCCUUUCCCAGUCUUAACAGCGAUAAGGAAUGUCCCAUUUGCUGCCAAGAAGUGAGUGCUCAGCAGGAUGCUGGGCAUGAACACGGCCUAGGACAAAAUGUCCUUCCAGACAACUGGGAAACAAAGCAGAAAGUUCCUGAAAGCUUUCCUGUGGCCAAGGAAAAGAAGGCAACAGAAAACUUACCACCAUCUCUUGUCUUCAGAGCUAAUGAACACACUUGAAAAGAAGGGGACAAAAGUUGCCGUGGUGUCCUGUCCCCGAAGGCUGGGUGUUUCUUUUUAAGUGUUAGGUUUCCUUGGUUACAGUGAGAGGUUUCAUCACCAGGUUGACCUCCCACUGAAAGGUGCUAGACCCCCCAGAUGUGUGUAAAUCAGCAAACCCCAAGCUAGAGCUCCCCGCUCUGGGAAAAGCUGAGAUUAGCUGCAGUCCAGGCUGCAAGUACCAAGGCCGGGCAGAAGUGCACAUUGGCAUGAAGACAGGAACUGGAGAGUAUUUCUUUGCAAAGCAACACUUGAACCCAAAGAUGCCUAAAUGCCCUUUUGAAGUUCAUUCUAAAGAGGACCCACUAGACCAGUUCCAUACCACGCAUGAGGGAAAACUAGGUUUAAUUCUUUUUCCAGCCAAGUACAGAUCCCUGCACAUGCGCAUGGGUCACAGUGUCACUAGAAACCUCCCUUUCCGUUAAGAACCUCCCUUCCACGUACCCCUGAGGAUGGUUACUGAACUAGAGAGAUUUGGCACAUCUUUUCUUAGUCUCUUGCUUCAAAUUCCAAACUUACAGCACAAGCCAGGUCCAAGUUCCUUUACGUUAGAAUUUAUUGCCAUUUCUUCCUUUUUAUAAAUUUCUACAGAUUAUACUGUUAUUUUUUUAUGUUACUAAUUGGUCGAGAGCUGCAAAGGUGGGUUUGUCCUGCAGACAUUUUCAAAUGACUUUGUAAGAAGGAAUGGUUUUGCGCAUGUUCUUGGAAAUACUUCUGUAUGUAUACAAGGGAGGGGCUGAUUAUUUUUCUACAAAGUAAUUUAUGAUUUCUAAUUUUCUAAUGUGCCUUGGAUAUGUGCCAAAUGAUGGAAAAGAAACAGUAAACUUUAUGAUUCUUGAGUGUCUGGUAUGUUUGCCUUUUCAGUUGAGGUUUUGCUGUGGGGAGAUGUUUCUCAGCACUUCUGGGACACACAUGCUUUAUGUGUGGAGAAAACUCUUCCCACCAGCUGGGUAUCCACCUUUACAGAAGUGACUGUGACUGAAACACGUCAGCUGGAUCAUUGUGAACAGAGCAGUGUUUGGGGCCUACCAAAAUGUUUUCUUUCAAAAUUAGAGCCAAAAAAGACAAUGAUGUAGCUUUCUAGCCUGAACAGGAGAUGAGCACUUGGCUUUGUGAAUUUCUUUGUUUUGAUUUAUUUCUUCUCCUUAUCCUCAUUUUUAAACAAAAGAACAUAAGCAUAAGGUGGUUUUCUGUCACUCCACUUAAGAAGUAUAACCUAUAGUCCCUUAUCACCACAUCCCCAACAUGCAAAUUCACAAAUACCACCUAACUUUUGGGGUGCUAUGGUAUCAUCUUGAAAAUGUUCGUGUGCGCCUGUUUAAUUCUAACAGUUGUCCUGGCAGGCAGGACUGUUCAGUGAGGAAGAUGGGUACAGAGAACUGAGGGGCCCGUUUGCUUGAGCUGAAGCCGAGGCCCGAUUGGCUAUGUCAAGAGGGCCUUGAACUCAAGUUUCCAGCUUGGGGUUCCCCUUCACCUGGAGGCACAGCCCCAGGUGAGUUAGACUGUCAAACUGAGGGGAGGCGUUGCCUCUUGAGCUACCCUGGUAAUCAGCAGAGCAAGCUGUCUGAAGUGAUUAUACCUCAAUUAUUUUUAACGCUUGUGU